CGUGGAGCCGGCGAGACAGCGAGGCGGGCCAGGGAAAGAUCCACUCAGCGGCUACAGCCAUGGCUGAACGGCGCGCCUUCGCUCAGAAAAUUAGCAGGACUGUGGCAGCAGAAGUAAGGAAGCAGAUCGCAGGCCAGUAUGGAGGCUCCCCACAGCUGCUGAAAAACCUAAACGUCGCUGCCAGUGCAUCCCAUCACACAGUUCCACUCACAGAAGCGGUGGAGCCGGUGGACUAUGGUCACCCACCCACGGUGGAGUCGGGUCCUCUCAGGGACCUCGUGGAGUUCCCCCCCGAUGAUAUUGAAGUGCUCUACACGCCCCGGGAGUGUCGCACGCUGGUGCCAGCUGUAACAGAAGAAGGUGAUAAUGACCCACAUGUGAAGGACUGUGCAGGAUCCUACACUGAGGACUGGGCAAUUGUAAAUAGAAAAUACCAUAAGCUUGGGACAGGGUUUAACCCAAAUGUGCUCGACAAACAGAAAGAGACGCAGAAGGGCCUCCCAAAGCAGAUUUUCGAAUCUGACGAAAUGCCAGCCAGCCACAGCUACCAGGAUGAGCAGGAUGAGCUCAAAAGGAGGUCCAUGUCUAUAGAUGACACCCCACGUGGGAGCUGGGCCUGCAGUAUCUUCGAUCUCAAGAACUCGCUCCACGACCCGCUGCUUCCCAACCUGCUGGACCGGGUGCUGAACGAGGAGAUCGAUCACCAGAACGAAGAGCAGAGAAAAUCAAACCGGCACAGAGAACUGUUCGCUCUUCACCCGGCACUGGAGGAGGACGACCCUAUUGAGCGACACAGCAUUCCCGACGUCCCCAAAGAGCACUUUGGACAGAGGCUGCUGGUAAAAUGUUUAUCAUUAAAGUUUGAAAUAGAAAUUGAGCCAAUUUUCGCAAGCUUGGCCUUGUAUGACGUCAAAGAAAAGAAAAAGAUUUCAGAAAAUUUCUUCUUUGACUUGAACUCUGAACAGAUGAAGUCGAUGCUGCGCCCACAUGUUCAGUCUGCUGCGAUUUCAACCCUGGGCAGAUCAGCCAUCUUCUCCCUUACUUACCCCUCCCAAGACGUCUUCCUGGUCAUAAAGCUGGAGAAGGUGCUACAGCAAGGAGAUAUCGGAGAGUGUGCAGAGCCGUAUAUGGUCUUCAAGGAGUCGGACACUGCCAAGAACAAGGAGAAGCUGGAGAAGCUGAGGGCCCAGUCACAGCUUUGCCAGAGGCUGGGCCGGUAUCGAAUGCCCUUUGCCUGGACAGCGAUCCAUCUGAUGAACAUUGUGAACAGCGCUGGGAGCCUGGAGAGAGAUACCAAUGAAGUGGAAAUCGGGGUGCCGGAGCGUAAAGGGUCGUGGUCCGAGAGAAGGAAUUCCAGUAUCGUGGGCAACCUUACCAACUUCAGACCGGCCACUCUGACUGUGACCAACUUCUUCAAGCAGGAAGGAGAUCGUCUGAGUGACGAGGAUCUAUAUAAGUUUCUUGCUGACAUGAGAAGGCCUUCUUCAGUUUUAAGGAGACUUCGACCUAUUACAGCUCAGCUGAAGAUCGACAUCUCCCCAGCACCAGAAAAUCCACAUUACUGCCUAACCCCUGAGCUGCUGCAGGUUAAACCCUACCCUGACAGCAGAGUCCGACCCACCAGAGAGAUACUAGAAUUUCCAGCGAAGGACGUGUACGUCCCAAACAUAACCUACAGGAACCUGCUGUUUGUGUAUCCCCAAAGUCUUAAUUUUGCAAAUCGGCAAGGUUCUGCAAGAAACAUCACAGUGAAAGUGCAGUUUAUGUGUGGUGAAGAUCCUAGCAGUGCCAUGCCGGUAAUCUUUGGCAAAUCCAGCUGUUCUGAGUUUUGCAGAGAGGGCUGUACUACAGUGGUGUAUCACAGCAGAUCGCCUGAUUUCUACGAUGAAAUAAAGAUCAAACUCCCCACCACCUUGACGGACCAUCACCACGUGCUUUUCACGUUCUACCAUGUGAGCUGCCAGCAGAAACAGAGCACUCCUCUGGAAACUGCAGUGGGAUACACGUGGAUCCCAAUGCUUCAGAAUGGGCGCAUAAGAACGGGACGGUUCUGUCUUCCAGUGUCGUUGGAGAAGCCGCCACAGUCCUACUCAGUUCUCUCCCCAGAUGUGCCGCUUCCUGGAAUGAAAUGGGUUGAUAACCACAAAGGUGUUUUUAAUGUGGAAGUUGUCUCAGUUUCAAGCAUUCACACCCAGGAUCAAUACCUGGACAAGUUCUUUGCUCUGGUCCAUGCCCUGGAUGAACACUCGUUCCCGGUUCGAAUCGGAGACGUUAGAAUAAUGGAAAACAACCUGGAAGCUGAACUGAAGACCAGCAUUGCUGCUUUGAACUCUUCCCAGCUGGAGCCAGUUGUCCGAUUCCUGCACCCACUGCUGGAUAAGCUGAUUCUGCUGGUUGUCAGGCCCCCUGUGAUUGCAGGGCAAAUAGUUAAUCUGGGUCAGGCUGCCUUUGAAGUCAUGGCUUCGGUUGUGAACAGACUGCAUAAAUACGUGGACAGCAGCCAGGAUCAGCAUGGGAGGAACAGCCUCUUGUCUUCCUACAUUUAUUAUGUUUUUUGCCUGCCGAACACAGACUCCAUUUCUGCAUCGCCAGGGUUUAGAGCAAUCCAAUUCCUGGGUAAACACUGGCGCGUCGAAGGCUGUUCCCUGGGGAACCAGCCCCAGUUCCAGCCCCGAUUCCAUGCAGGUAGUGUUCUUUGCACAUGUCCACCCCCCUCCUUGCCAGCGGAGCCUUGCACAUUUUCCCAUUCUCUUUCUUUUUAUUUUAAUUCAGUAAAAUGCAUGCAUGCUUUUCUUACUAACAUCAUUGUCUGUCUGUUUUUUUUUUGCAUGUGGCACUUGGGUUGUGAGCAGUGGGUUGUGAGCAGUGGCAGCGUGCGGGAAGGGGCUCUCCAGCAGGGCUGGUUUUUCUUUGAACUGAUGGUGAAAAGUAUUAUACAUCAUUUGUACUUUACGGACAGACUGGAUUCCCCGAGGAGAAACCGCUUUCCAGAGCGCUUUAUGGAUGACAUAACAGCCUUGGUGAGCACCAUCGCGGGCGACAUCGUCUCCAGGUUUCAAAAGGACCUGGAGCUUGUUGAGAGACUCAAUACCAGCCUUGCGUUCUUUCUUAAUGACUUGCUGUCUGUGAUGGACAGAGGCUUUGUCUUUAGUCUUGUAAAGACCUACUGGAAGCAGGUUUCCACGAAGCUGUAUGCUCUGCAGAGUCCUACAGUGCUGGUCUCCCUAAGGCUGGAUUUCCUUCGUAUCGUCUGCAGUCAUGAACACUACGUAACACUGAACCUGCCCUGCAGUUUACUGACCCCUCCAGCCUCGCCCUCCCCGUCUGUGUCUUCAGCAACGUCGCAGAGUUCUGGGUUUUCUACAAGCGUGCAAGAUCAGAAGAUUGCCAACAUGUUUGAGCUGUCGGUUCCGUUCCGUCAGCAGCACUACCUGGCAGGGCUGGUACUAACCGAGCUAGUGCUCAUUCUGGACCCAGAAGCGGACGGUUUUUCUGGACUGCAUAAGAAAGUGAUAAGCGUGGUUCACAACCUGCUCUCCAGUCACGACUCGGAUCCCCUCUACACAGACCCUGACGUGAAGGCCCGCGUGGCGAUGCUCUACCUGCCACUCAUAGGCAUCGUCAUGGAAACGGUGCCCCAGCUGUAUGACUUCACAGAGUCUCAGAGCCAGCGUGGAAAGCCAGGCAGUGCAGCUGUGGAUGAGCAUGACAACGAAGGGGGCAGCAUGAUCAGCCAGACCGUCGCCAUGGCAAUAGCAGGGACGGCUGUUCCACAGCUCAGCCGGCCCAGCAGCUUCCUUCUGAACCCCUCGUAUACAGUGCUGGGAGACAGCUUUCGGUCGAGCCACAGUCUCCUGAUCUGUCUGCUGUGGGUGCUGAAGAACGCAGAUGAACUUGUUCUGCAGAGGUGGUUCACAGACCUGUCCGUCAUGCAGCUGAACCGUUUGCUGGAUCUGAUGCACCUCUGUGUCUCCUGCUUCGAAUACAAGGGUAAAAAAUCAUUUGAAAGAAUGAACAGUUUGACGUUUAAGAAGUCGAAAGAUAUGAAGGCAAAGCUGGAAGAAGCCAUCCUGGGAAGUAUCGGGGCAAGGCAGGAAAUGGUCCGUCGAAGCAGAGGACAGCUAGAGAGAAGUCCCUCUGGCAGUGCCUUUGGAAGCCAGGAGAACCUCCGAUGGAGAAAGGAUAUGACACACUGGUGUCAGACCAGUGAACGGAUGGACAAAUCCAGAGCAGAGUUGGACCAUGAAGCACUUAUCGAUGGGAAUCUUGCUACAGAAGCCAAUCUAAUCAUUUUGGAUACUCUGGAGAUAAUUGUGCAGACUGUGUCCCUGGCCGAAUCCAAGGAGAGAGUUCUUGGGGGGGUGCUGAAGGUGCUGCUGCACAGCAUGGCCUGUAAUCAGAGUGCAGUCUACCUGCAGCACUGCUUUGCUACGCAGAGGGCCCUGGUUUCCAAGGAUGGUAAGAGAAUGUUCGGUACCUAUUUCCGAGUCGGAUUUUACGGAUCCAAAUUUGGAGACUUGGACGAGCAAGAGUUUGUUUACAAAGAGCCGUCAAUCACGAAGCUGGCAGAGAUUUCCCACCGAUUAGAGGGAUUUUACGGUGAGAGAUUCGGAGAGGACAUGGUGGAAGUCAUAAAAGAUUCUAAUCCGGUCGACAAAUGCAAACUGGAUCAAAACAAGGCAUACAUCCAGAUCACGUACGUGGAGCCUUACUUUGAUAGCUACGAGGUGAAGGACAGGAUCACGUAUUAUGAUAAGAAUUACAACCUGCGUCGCUUCAUGUACUGCACCCCGUUCACACUCGACGGCCGGGCUCACGGUGACCUUCACGAGCAGUUCAAGCGCAAGACGUUCCUGACCACGUCCCACGCGUUCCCCUACAUCAAAACCAGGAUAAACGUCAUGCACAAAGAAGAGGUCAUUUCCACGCCCAUUGAAGUUGCCUUUGAGGAUAUCCCGGAACUUGCAUUCGCCACACACCAGGAACCAGCCGAUCCCAAGAUGCUUCAGAUGGUACUGCAGGGCUCUGUGGGGACCACUGUCAACCAGGGUUCUUUGGAAGUGGCCCAAGUGUUCCUGACAGAAAUACCCAGCGACCCCAAACUGUUCAGACAUCACAACAAACUGCGAUUGUGCUUCAAGGAUUUCAAUAAAAAGUGCGAAGAUGCGCUGCGUAAGAACAAGAGUCUCAUUGGGCUGGAUCAGAAGGAGUAUCAGCGAGAACUGGAGCGGAACUACCACCGACUCAGAGAGGCGCUUCAGCCUUUGAUAAGCAGGAAGAUUCCCCAGCUCUACAAGCCAAUCUUGCAAGUCAAUUCUCACAGAGAUUCGUUCAGCAGACUGAGUCUACAGAAACUGGAUAUUUGAGAGCCCAGAACAUAUUUAUUCCUUUGUACAUAUAAAGGUUUAUUCAAUUGCCAGUAUUCAAGCCAGUCGGUGUAAUUCUGGUACUUCUUUUUCCCUCAAGACUGCAGAAAACCGUAUUCACUACACUCUUGAAUUUAAAGUGGAUCUGAAGUGUCAAACUUCUAUUUGCUGAAGUGUGCACAUUAUAAAUGUUGUGUCCAAAUGCCUUUCGCUUCAGACUAUAUACAACUGUUAAGGUUUUAUUAUUUAAUCAAAGAAACAAGCACCACUAUUUAUCAUUAAGUUCUGUUUUUGUGUGUUUUUUAUGAUUCUAUGAAGAUGUUUUAAACAUUGUUUUAUUACUUUAAAAUAUUUUACUACAUAUUUAAUAUUUUGAUGUCUAAUGGGUGGAUGUAUUUGUUUAAUUCCUGAAAUCCAUGUAUCUGUUCUUAUAUGGAAAGAUGAAACGGGGUCAUUCUAACACAGCUGUGAGUUUUAUUAAACUAUUUACAAACAA